AUGGCUGAGUCAAUUAAUUAAAAAGCUCUAGAGUAUAUGGAGAAUCUGGAAGAAGAAACUCCCAAAUUUAAAGAUGCAAUUGAAACAGAAGAGUUAGUUUUGAAGCUAUUUGAAAAUAUAGCCAAUUAUCCUCUAGAUGAAAAAUAUAAAAAGAUAAAAACAACUAAUCCAAAAAUAGAAUCUGUUAUCUUUAAGAGAUGGCAAAAAGCAUCUACAUUUUUUGAAACAGUAGGAUUUAAAAAAGAAGGAGAAUUUUACAUUUUAGGAGAUUCUUCCUUAGGCAACGUUGUUAGCUUGAUAAACGAAAUAAGAAAUCGUAUAAAAUUCAAUUAUGAAGUUUAUGAAUAGACUGAUGAAGGAAUGAAGGAAAAAUAAGAGAAAGAAAAGUAAAUCUUGCUCUAGUUACAAUAGCUUUAAAUAGAAUAAGCACAAAAAUAGCAAGCAAACGCAUCAAAAAUUAUAUAAAUUAAUGGGGCUUAAGAUUUUUAAGCAAAAGUAUUAAACUCAGAUAAGCCUGUGAUUGUUGAUUUCUAUGCAGAUUGGUGUCCUCCAUGCAAAAAAUUAGCAGCUUUAAUCGAAACUGAAAUAUAAAAUAGUAAUGGCUGGCUUGUAGCUAAAAUAAAUGGAGAUAACCCACUUAAUAAGCCAUUAUCAGCUUCCCAUCAAGUUUCAGGCAUUCCUGCCAUAUUUUUGUAUCAUAAGGGACAAUUAGUAAGAGAGUUUUCGUUCACAGGUUUUAAUCCUAUGUCUUUAUAAAAGAUGAUUUAAAAAGCAUCUAGUUUAUGUUGA